UUUUUGAUAAUUAUUCGUUGUGAAACACAGCUAUAGCUUAUGUUUCCUUAAACAGCUGAUUAAGUUGUUUAUAUACAAAUCGUAGCCGCUUUUCUUGUGUGGCAAUUUCGCUCAUAUACAAAAGCAUGAUUAAUUAGAUUAGUGUACAUUGUACAAAAUAUAUUCCGAAACCUUAAUAUAAAAAAACCGUUAAGAUGUUUAAGGACAUUUGGUACUGGUACAUUGGAGUAAUUCUUUUAUAUAUCUUAUUUGCACAUGGAGUAUACGAAACGCAAGGCGUAAAAUAUUACUCAAAGGAUCGCAUGCUGGAGAUAAGAGAAAAAGUACGAGCAAUGUUCCAACAUGCUUAUGAGGGCUACUUGCAGUACGCUUCUGGAUACGACGAAUUGCGACCUUUAACGUGUGAUGGCGUUGACACAUGGGGUAGCUAUUCACUAACUCUAAUUGAUGCGUUAGAUACCCUCGCUACGAUGGGGAACUAUACUGAGUUUCGAAGAGUGGUCAAAAUUCUAGAAUCUAUGGAUUUUGAUAAAGACAUAAACGUUUCGGUAUUCGAAACCAAUAUCCGAAUUGUGGGCGGAUUGAUUUCAGCGCACUUGCUUUCAAAUCGUGCCGGUUUAGCACUGGAACCAGGAUGGCCGUGUCAAGGACCUUUACUUCGUCUAGCGGAAGAUGUAGCUCGCCGUUUGUUGCCCGCAUUCGACACAGCCACUGGUAUGCCUUAUGGUACAGUGAAUUUGCGUUACGGAGUCCCGAAAGGAGAGACAUCGGUGACAUGUACGGCUGGUGUUGGGACGUUUCUGGUUGAGUUUGGCGCACUCAGUCGACUUACGGGAAAUUCUAUCUACGAAGAUGUUGCGCUUAAUGCAAUAUACUCCUUGUGGGAGCGUCGCUCAGCACUUGGUCUUUUUGGCAACCAUAUUGAUGUGCAAACAGGACGUUGGACCGCACUUGACUCUGGUAUCGGAGCUGGUGUUGAUUCAUUUUUUGAAUAUUUAGUAAAGGGUGCCAUUAUGCUUAAUCGGCCAGAGUUAAUGGAAAUGUUUCAUGAGGCGCGUAAGCAUAUUGACAAGCAUUUGAAAAAAGAUGACUGGUAUGUAUGGGCUAACAUGAAUAAAGGCCAAGUAACAUUGCCUGUUUUUCAAUCACUUGAAGCCUUUUGGCCCGGCGUUCUAAGUAUGUUUGGCGAUAUAGCGCCCGCGAUGCGCACUUUGGUAAAAUAUAGUUCAGUUUGGCGAAAAUAUGGGUUUUUGCCAGAAUUCUAUAAUAUACCGCUUGGGGAGGCCUCUCCAAAUCGAGAAGUAUAUCCUUUGCGGCCUGAAUUAAUCGAGUCAGUUAUGUAUUUAUAUCGAGCAACUAAAAAUCAAUUUCUUUUAGAAUUGGGUGAAGACAUUGUAAAUACAAUCGAGUUUAGUGCUAAGACGCGCUGUGGAUACGCUACGAUACGAAAUGUAGUUACACAUGAGAAAGAGAAUCGGAUGGAAUCAUUCUACCUCGCAGAAACCACAAAAUACCUUUAUCUCCUUUUCGAUGAGGAGAAUUUUCUGCACAACGAUGGCUCCGCGGGUGAUCGUCUGCAAACUGAACAUGGCGAGUGUACUGUAAAUGCAGGUUCCUAUAUUUUUAAUACCGAAGCGCAUCCCGUUGACAUGUCCGCAUUAUACUGCUGCCAUGACAUUGAAGAGGAUAUUUUUGACGAUCUUGACAUAGAAAUGUUCAAUGACGAAGCUUUACUCAAGACUGAGCGCGUACGAUUGGUCGUUGAGCGGGAGCUGCGCGACGAACAGUCGUGCGGAGAGCGCUCUUCCAGCUCUAAACAGCAACAAGAACGAAUUAAAAAAACGCCUAGCGACGACAGUCAAGUGAAGAUUGAAUCCAGCGCACCUGUGGAUAUCAAUGUUUUCGAUGAGUACGAUAAUCCAGCUGACGAAUUGCUAGUGAAAAAUUUUGAACGCAUCAGAAAUGAACGUAAAGCUAAUCCGAAGCCCGUCGGCACAGCUGAAGUAGUUGAGGGGCAAUCGAUAUCAGCUAAUCACUUAACCGUGACUGAUUUAACUGAAUUUUUCGGAAUGCACCGCGAAGAUUUUUUGCACCCAGAACUAGCGUUACACUAUACCAUUGGCUUUAUGAGUAACUUUACCUUGGAUUCACCUUUUAUAUCGGGGUUGCAAUUGCUACAUAAAAAUAUAACCGCUGUCCUGGGCAUCGUGGUACAAAAAGAGUAUGAAAGUCGUACGCGGACACUUUGGGAGUUGUAUGAAUUGCAACAACAGUAUAUCGCAAAUAUUGAACUAAUUACACGACUGGAUAUAUUGGCAUUCGAUGACGGUGAUUUCAAAUUGCUUGAUCGAGUGCUAAAUGCACUCAAUCAAAGUAGUACCGGUGCUUUAGAGAUAACCGACGACGCCGAAGAUGCUUCACUGCGUUUAAUGCUUCGGCAAAUGGAUGUAAUACAUGCAGACUACCAACAGGCGUUGGUCAAUACCACUGCCAUGCAAGAGUUCCUAUUAAAAAUUCUUAUUAACGGUACCUCCGAAAAGAAGCGUAGUUAUGAGGCUUUAUUAAAUGACGCAGAAAUACGUGGGCUAUUCGAAGGUGGAGUUGACAAGCAAAAGUAUACCCCGCAGCUGCUGUUCAUCCAUGUCCGAAGGAUUGUAGAGUUCAAAAAGCGCAUGAUUGAAACAUUUGAUCGUUUACAAGCAUUAAUGGCCGAGAGUGGUAGCAGUAUCCAUAUGAAUUCAAAGGCAAUGAACUCAAAUGAAGCGAAUCAAGGAGCAAACUCUCAAAAAGAAAAUCCAAAAUCAUUUUCAGCAAAGAGCCAAAGCAGAGAUGUGAAGCUCUCUGAAGAUGAUGAUGGUGGCGGUGAGUCGGUUUGGUCGCAAUUGGUGCAAACGAUUUUGCGCAAAACUACAAAUAACCGUAAUCAAUUCAAUGAAGCGUUACUACACGAAAAGGUGCGGCAAUCUCUACACACUUACUCAACAUUAAAAAAUACAAGUUCGACGGCAAAGGUGAAAACGCGUAUGGGCUACGAAGUAUUCACCUGUGACGAGCCCAAGUUUUUGGAUAGGUUUGCCUAUCGCGAAUACUAUCCAUAGCGUUGCUAUAACAUCCGUCACCGAUGCCGAUAUCGCUUCAAGGGUGAUCUGUUUAUAAUACUUAGCUAUUCAUUCCUAAGACUUGCAACGAAAAUUAAAGCCACUUUUAGAAGGUGUCGGGACGCCUAAGAGAGUUCUUGCUUUUAAAUCUAAUAUGGCAAAAUAAAUUCAUUAGGCUGGGUAAUAUUCUAGUUAAAAAAUUAAAAAAUACUAAUUUAGCUGAAGUGUAAAACAGUUUUUAAUAUUAUAAAAAGAAAAAUGUGUAUUUAUUGUAAAGUUUUGCUUGUAAAAUGAGGGCUAGAAUACACAUAAAUCAUUUUCACAAAUUAUCCACUACUAUUGUACAAAUUCGCGCUGUGCUUUUUUAAGCAAUUGAAAUCAAUGUUAUUCAAAAAUUCUUCCUCUUCUUCGUUUCUCACAUAGAGCGAAUCAAAUUCGCAAUCGCAUUAAAAAUCAGGUACAUUAUGUGCAAUUCCAUACAAUCUCGGACUUUUCGGUAUAUGAGAAAACA